AAUGUUGACAUCCCUACAGUUAGCCUACAUUUCAGGGAAGCUGGUUAUAGUUUGCGGGCUAAGAUAUCCAAGUUUGUGGAUUGGCCAGAUAACCACAUCAAUGGCAAUGGGAAAGACAGACGAUGUUUUGCCAGGCCUACCGUCUGUCAUGCAUCGGCAAUACAGCCUCGACAUUUCCGCUCAGCUUCUCCGAACGCAGGGCUAUGUGAACGGGCAGUGGAUCAAUGCUCCCUCUACCUUCCCAGUGCUGGACCCAGCGACGGGGGAAGAGAUUGCAAAAGUCGCAGACUGCGGUCCAGCAGAAGCUAAACUAGCUGUCGACGCAGCCUACAAGGCAUUCUACUCCUGGAAGCAACACACAGCGAAGGAAAGAAGUGUCCUUCUACGGAAAUGGUACGAUCUGUUGACGUUGAACAAGGAGGACCUUGCUAAGCUGAUCACCUUUGAGUGUGGCAAGCCCAUGAAGGAGUCCCUGGGGGAGAUUGCUUACGCUGCUGGCUUCCUGGAGUGGUUCUCUGAGGAGGCGCGCCGUGUCUACGGUGAUGUUGUGCCCUCGGCUGCCAAGGACCGUAAGAUCCUUCUGCUCAAACAGCCUGUGGGAGUAGCCUCCAUCAUCACUCCGUGGAACUUCCCCAGUGCUAUGAUCACCAGGAAAGUGGGUGCUGCCCUGGCCGCGGGCUGCACCGUCGUGGUGAAACCUGCCGAGGAUACACCCCUCUCUGCCCUGGCGCUUGCUGAGCUGGCGAGUCAGGCCGGGAUCCCUGCUGGGGUGUUUAACGUGGUGCCCUGCUCCAGAGAGAAGACCCCCUCUGUUGGGACGGUCCUCUGCACAGACCCCCUGGUGGGGAAGGUCUCCUUCACUGGAUCUACUGCCACUGGCAAGAUUCUCUUAAAGCACGCCGCCGACACUGUCAAGAGGGUUUCAAUGGAGCUGGGUGGCCAUGCCCCCUUCAUUGUGUUUGACAGUGCAGAUGUGGACAAGGCUGUGGCGGGAGCCAUGAACUCCAAGUUCAGGAACUCAGGACAGACAUGUGUCUGCUCCAACCGCUUCCUGGUCCAGAGUAGGAUCCACGAUCGCUUCAUAGAGAAGUUGGGGAAAGCCAUGGACACAGAGCUCCGUCUGGGCCACGGCUCUGACCCAAACACCACCCAGGGACCCCUCAUCAAUGUCCGUGCCUCUGAGAAGGUGGAGCACCAGGUAAAGGAUGCAGUAUCGCGGGGGGCCAAGGUGCUAAGGGGGGGGAAGCGUCUGGAUGGCUCGUUCCAUCAGCCCACUCUGCUGGCUGAUGUCACCACAGACAUGCUGUGUACCAGAGAGGAAACCUUCGGUCCUCUCCUGCCCGUCAUUAGGUUUAACACUGAGGAUGAAGCACUUGCCAUUGCCAAUGCAUCUCAUGUGGGUUUAGCAGGGUACUUCUUCUCCCAGGACGUCAGUCAGAUCUGGCGGGUGGCAGAGAAUCUGGAGGUAGGCAUGGUGGGGGUGAACGAAGGUCUCCUCUCCACCCCAGAGGCCUCCUUCGGCGGUGUCAAACAGUCGGGCCUGGGCCGUGAGGGCUCCAAGUACGGCAUUGAGGAGUACCUGGACGUCAAGUACAUGUGCUUUGGGGGGCUAACCCCCUGAGGGACCACUACAACCCCCCCCAAGUAGGAAGCAGUGAUUUGGGGAAAAAAGGAGGAUUCUUAGAGGCUCUAGUAACAGUUACUUACUCAUAUUUCACAUUUUUAAAAACAACAAUGGAUGACAGUCAUCAAAUAUGAUUCCUUCACAAAUUGUGAUUCUGAUCCUCUGCAUAUUUUGUCAUUGAGAGACUUGAGAGCAUUCAUCGCUCAGAUACAGGGA